CUCAGUUAAUUAGACCUGACCAUUUUUACGUCCACUAUGGCCACCAAUCCCCACUCUCAAGGUUCUCCUCCUCCCGUGGAGCUUCGCCGCCUCAACUUCGCGUUUGCCAAGGUGACUAUCGGCGGCCAGCUCAUCAACCGCUUACAACAUGACCCUGUCACUGGUGACACCAUUCAAGAGGACGAUCGAGUCCUUCGUGACGUGAGUUUAACGUUGCAGCCUGGUCAGCGCGUGUUGGUCGUCGGUGGCAAUGGCGCUGGCAAGAGCACGUUGCUCAGUAUCUUGGCUGGCAAGCACCUGACAGCCGACGACACGGCGUUGAUCUUUGGUCGAGACAGCUUCCGUGACACGACACUGAACGCUUUAAGGACGUUCGUGAGUGCCGACUGGGGCCAGCGCUCCGUGGCUUUCGCUACACACGCUAUGGCGUACUCUGCCGACAUGGCAGUGGAGGAAAUGAUGACCAAACUGCAAAGCGAACACCCAGAGCGACGCCAAAAGUUACUAAAAGUGCUGCGUAUCGACCCAAAGUGGCGUCUGCACCGCCUGUCGGACGGUCAGCGUCGUCGCGUGCAGCUCUUUCUGGCGCUACUGAGACCGUCGCAGCUCAUCGUGCUAGACGAAGUGCUCGGUAUGCUCGACAUCAUCUCGCGUGAGAACGUUCUGGCGUUCUUAAAGGAGGAGACGGAGAGCCGACAGGCGACUGUGCUGCUGGCCACGCACAUCUUUGAUGGGACGGACGUCUGGGCGUCUGAUGUGCUGUAUAUUCGUCGCGGCACAGUGGGGUUCUACGGUCCAAUUGAGCAGUGUACUGACGCGCGGAAGAUCCCGAUGUACAAAGUGGUGGAACACUGGCUACGUGAGGAAUUGGCUGAAGAUGAUCGUGUGGAAAGUGAGGCGGUGGGUGCGAGCGGCGAAUUCGAUCUGGCCAACGCACAGAACCGCGCUGGAGGAUAUGCCGAUGGUAGACUGGGCGGUGUCGAUAUCUCCACAUCAUUUUAAAGCCCACGGGGGUGCAGCAAUACUUUGACGUGCUCUGCAUGCUCGUGUUUGUGCUAUGUUUGCCUGUUGCUUCGAAGAAACACUUUUGUCGUUCUGACAACUUUUAAGCUUAAACUAAACGAUGAGUAUCCAUCCACUUAGCAAAAGUUAAUAAUUCUGUGGAUGUCUUUCGUUCCUGACAACGAGAUCUGUAACCUUCGAGGUUGCAAAGGCGAUGCUCCCC